AUGUCCAACGCCAUCAAUCCACUUUUUUACCUUUUCGACACCAUGGAGUCCACGGCCAUUCCCUUUACCUCCCCACUCGUACGAGGUACUUCAAGAAUAGACUACAUAUCAUUGGAUAGUCGGACCGACACGAGUGGAACGCAUGGUGUACUAGGGAGUCAUCUGUACGUGAGCAGUGUUUCUUAUUGGGUGCCAUCUUACCAAUGCGGUUCCCGUCGGCUUACAGAAUCACUCGACAAUCUUGUAAAACCGGCAAAUUUUCAAAAUUCCAUGAAUAUUUAUACAUCAGACGUCAUAGAGACACACAAUUCUACUUCUGGUGAGUUUUUGGGCAACGAUAGGGGACCUCGAUUUGACAACGACUAG